AUGAGAACGAUUUUCAAAUUUCAUGGAAUCUGGGAUUUAGUUGAAAAGGGGCUUCAAAUUCUAAAUUCAAAGGGGAAGAAAGUGGAUGAUGCAGGGUCAUCGGAUUUUGAGAAGGAAGCUCUAUUAAUGAAGGAUGCUAAGGCACUUGGGAUUAUCCAAGGGGCUGUCUCAGAAGACAUUUUCCCUAGGAUUUCGAAUGAAGAAACCUCAAAGGGUGCUUGGGAUAUUUUGCAUCAGGAAUUUCAUGGUGAUAAGCAGGUCAGAUCCAUCAAAUUACAGGGUAUGCGUCGUGAUUUUGAGUACACAAGGAUGAGGGAUGAUGAGACCUUGUCUGGGUACCUCACUCGCCUGCUUGAGCUUGUGAAUCAGAUGAAGGGAUAUGGGGAAGACCUAUCCAAAGGAAGAAGAGCUGGAAAUCGAAGGGUAAGAAAUGGGAUUCAAAACCUCAAAGUAAUGUCAAUCAAGGAGGAAAGCAUGAACAAAGGGAAAAAUCAAAUCAAGCAAAAGGGAAAUGCAAGCACUGUGAUAAGCUCCAUUAUGGUGAAUGCUAGUUUAAAGGAAAGCCAAAGUGCUAUGGGUGCAAUCGUUUUGGACAUCUCAUUAAAGACUGUGAAUCAAAUAAGACUAAGAGACUUGCAAACUUGGCCAGUAAGUAACCAUAUGACUGCCCAUGAGUCUUUGCUUAUUGAUAUAGAUAGAAAAGUGAACUGUAAAGUUAAGAUGGGUACUGGUGAUUUGGUACAAUCAAUAGUCAAAGGUACAUUGGCUAUAGAUGUGCAAGGGGUUACUAGGUACAUUAGAGAAGUUAUGAUUGUACCUGGUUUGGAUGAGAAUCUAUUGAGUGUAGGACAGAUGAUAGAACAUGGGCAUUGGUUGGUGUUUGGUGAUAAUGAGGUUGACAUUUAUGAAGAUAAGCAGUUAAAAGAGUUGAUUGCAAGAGUCCAAAUGAAAGGGAACAGAUGUUUUCCCUUAGAUCUCAAAUAUGUCAAUCCUCCUAUGGCAAAUAGAGCAACAUUUGGUGAAUCAGCUUGGAUGUGGCACAGAAGAUUUGGGCAUCUAAAAUACAUUAGUUUGAAGCUCUUACAAGAGAAAGACAUGGUUCAGGAUCUACCUAAGCUACAAGAAUUGGAGAAGAUUUGCUCGGGUUGUGCUAUAGGCAAGAGUCACAUGAGUUCUUUUGACAAGGAAAAGACUGGGAGAGCAUCACAACCCUUAGAGCUGAUACAUUCUGACAUCUGUGGACCAAUGCAGACUAUCACUCCUGCAGGCAACAGAUUCUUUCUCACUUUUAUAGAUGAUUACACUAGGAUGUGUUGGGUUUUCUUUCUACAACAUAAGUCACAGGUUCUGAAUGUUUUCAAGAGGUUCAAGUCCAUGGUUGAGCUUCAAAGUGGUUACAAAAUCAAGAAGCUGAGAAGUGACCGAGGUGGUGAAUACACAUCACUAGAGCUUCUCAAGUUUUGUGAUGAUGUGGGGAUGGAAAGGCAACUAACAGUAGCUUACUCUCCGCAACAAAAUGGUGUUGCAGAGAGAAAGAACCGAACUAUAGUUGAAAUGGCUAGGACAAUGAUGGCUGAGAAGAGAAUUCCUUUGAAAUUUUGGGCAGAAGCUGUCAAUACAGCUGUAUACCUGCAAAAUAGAAGUCCAACAAGUGCUCUGGAUAAUACAACUCCAUUCGAGAAGUUCACUGGGAGAAAACCAGGUGUCAAACACUUGAGAAUAUUUGGUUCAUUAUGCUAUAUCCAUAUUCCUUCUCAGAAAAGGCACAAACUAGAGGAAACAAGUGAGAAGGGAGUAUUUGUGGGAUAUGGAGUCUGUGAAAAAGGAUAUAGAGUACUCAACUUGAGAACUCAAAAGAUUGAGCUGUCUAGGAGUGUUAUUUUUGAUGAAGAAGCAAUGUGGAAUUGGGAAACAAAUGAGGCAGUGCAAAUUCCUAUGUCUUGGAGUGAUGAAGCAAACUCUAAUGUAUCUGGUUCAGACUCAGAACCCAAUCAUCUACAACAACAGUUUAUGCAAUCUCCUUUGAGAACACAAACUGGUACUGAUCUUCAUGCUACUCAAGAAUCAGUUUUGCUUAAUUCUCCAGUUUCAAAUCUUGAAACUUAUGAUAACACCCCAAAGAAAUGGAAGAGUUUGAGUGAGGUCUAUGCUCAAUGUAAAAUGAGCAUUAUUGAACCAGAAAGUUACAAUGAAACAGCCAAAGAUGAAGCUUGGAACAAGGCUAUGACUGAAGAGAUAUCAAUGAUAGAGAAGAAUUCCACUUGGGAAUUGGUUGACAGACCAAGCAGCAAACCGAUUGUGGGAGUGAAGUGGAUAUAUAAAACAAAACUAAACCUCGAUGGCUCCAUUCAAAAACACAAGGCAAGACUUGUAGCCAAGGGUUACACACAAAAACCAGGGAUUAAUUUCAAUGAAACCUUUGCUCCAGUGGCAAGGUUAGAUACUAUUAGAACUCUCAUUGCACUUGCUGCACAAAAAGGCUGGAAAUUGUGGCAACUGGAUGUCAAAUCAGCUUUCUUAAAUGGUGUUCUUGAAGAGGAAGUCUAUGUGGAUCAACCUGAAGGCUUUGUGAUUAAAGGAGCUGAGGAUAAGGUGUAUAGAUUAAGAAAAGCUCUCUAUGGAUUAAAGCAGGCUCCAAGGGCCUGGUACAGUGAAAUCGACAGUUACUUAUAUCAGUGUGGUUUUCACAGAAGUCUAAGUGAAGCAACUCUCUAUGUGAGAACCAAGGAAGGUGUGGGAACAUUAAUUGUGUCAAUCUAUGUAGAUGACAUAGUGUAUACUGGAAGUAGUGAUGAAAUGGUGAAAGAAUUCAAGGCUGAGAUGAUGUGCAAGUAUGAAAUGUCUGACUUGGGUUUACUCCACCAUUUUCUUGGUAUGGGAGUAACACAAACUGAAGGGAGCAUCUUCAUCCAUCAAAAGAAGUAUGCUCUCACACUCUUGGAUAAGUUUGGACUCAAAGACUGCAAAUCAGUGAGCACUCCAUUAGUUGCCACUGAUAAAUUGCAAAGAGAGGAUGGAAGUGAAGCAGCGGAUGAGAGUUUGUACAGAAAAAUUGUAGGAAGCUUGCUAUAUCUAACAGCAACCAAACCAGAUAUCAUGUUCUCAGCUAGUCUACUUGUAAGAUUCAUGCACAAUCCUUAUAAGAUGCACUAUGGGGCAGCCAAAAGAGUUCUAAGGUACAUACAAGGCACAAUUGAUUAUGGAAUUGAGUAUGUGACUGGAAAGUCUGCACUUUUAGUAGGAUAUUGUGAUAGUGACUGGAGUGGAUCUCAGGAAGAUAUGAAAAGCACUUCCGGAUAUGCAUUUUCAUUUGGAAGUGGUGCAUUUUCGUGGGCAUCAGUCAAACAACACAGUGUGGCUCUUUCAACAGCGGAAGCAGAGUAUGUGAGUGCGGCAAAAGCUACAUCACAAGCCAUUUGGCUCAGGUUUGUUCUUGAAGAUUUUGGGGAGGAACAGACUACUGCAACAACUGUGUUUUGUGACAACACUUCAGCCAUAGCAAUGGCUAAAAAUCCUGUAUUUCAUCAAAGAAGCAAGCACAUUAAAAGGAAGUUCCAUUUUAUUGGAGAGGCAAUUCAAGAAGGAGUGAUUGAACUGCUCUACUGCAAAGGAGAUGAGCAAAUUGCUGACAUUUUCACCAAGGCACUUCCCAAAGACACGUUCAGCUAUUUGAGGAGUAUGCUUGGAGUGAAAUCAGCUAGCACUUUAGAAGGGAGUGUUAAAAUGUAA